CGACACUGGCGCGUCAGCCUUGGUCAAGUCCCGGAGAUUUAGUAUCUCUUUUUUCAGUCUUUGGGGCUUUUAAAAAAGAGCCACUAGUCUCAAUGCGGAGCGGGCUAUGACAGCCUCCGUGCUCCUCCACCCCCGCUGGAUCGAGCCCGUCAUGUUCCUCUACGACAACAGCCUGGAUGAGAUCAAUAAGAACAUGGACGGGUUUCACGCCGGCAGCAACUUCGCGGCGGCUGCGGCGGCGAACCCGUGCCGCAACCUGAUGGCUCACCCCGCGCCCCUGGCCGCCCCCAGCGCCGCCGCCUACACGUCGAGCGAGGCCCCCGCCGCCGGCAUGGCCGAGCCCGCUGUCAAGCAGUGCAGCCCCUGCUCCGCCGCCGUGCAGAGCUCCUCCGGCGCCGCGCUGCCCUACGGCUACUUCGGCAGCGGCUACUACCCGUGCCGCAUGACCCACCACAACGCCAUCAAGUCCUGCGCCCAGCCCGCCUCCACCUUCGCCGACAAGUACAUGGACACGUCGGUCUCCGGCGAGGAGUUCACGUCGCGGGCCAAGGAGUUCGCCUUCUACCAGGGCUACGCGGCCGGGCCCUACCAGCCGGUGCCCGGCUACCUGGACAUGCCCGUGGUGCCCACCAUCGGAGGCCCCGGCGAGCCGCGCCACGACUCCCUGCUCCCCAUGGACAGCUACCAGCCGUGGGCCAUCACCAACGGGUGGAACGGGCAAGUGUACUGCCCCAAGGAGCAGAGCCAGCCGCCUCACCUCUGGAAGUCCACCCUCCCGGACGUCGUUUCGCAUCCAUCGGAUGCGAACUCGUACAGACGCGGGAGGAAGAAGCGAGUGCCCUACACAAAGGUGCAGUUAAAAGAACUCGAAAGGGAAUAUGCUACAAAUAAAUUCAUAACCAAAGACAAACGGCGGAGGAUAUCGGCGACCACGAAUCUGUCAGAGAGACAGGUCACAAUCUGGUUCCAGAACAGAAGGGUCAAAGAGAAAAAAGUCAUCAACAAAUUGAAGACGACCAGUUAAUGGA